AUUUGUCAGUGUAAGUCGGAUUUGAGGUGUGGUACGAUGUGUGUGUGCCAGUAGGAGGGGCAGCUGUAAGUGGACAGCAUUCACCGCCUCAGCACUCAGUAGCACUCCGCACCUCUGUGGCUCAGGACUCACCUCUCAGCACCUACAGGGAAGUUUUGUGUUUGAUUAUAUCUCAAUGGAGGGCAGGAUCACCUGUGGACUGCCGCUGCUUCUCUUCCUCUUGGGAUGUGGGCGACUGCACGCCUUCAACCUGGACAGCGAGAAUGCCCUGCGGAGGACCGGAGACCCAGGCAGCCUUUUCGGCUUCUCUCUCGUCAUGCACCGGCAGCUUCGACCGGUGGAUAAGAGAAUGCUGCUGGUCGGUGCUCCCAAAGCAAAAUCCUGGAGUGGUCAAAAGGCAAAAGUGACAGGAGGACUGUACAGCUGUGAACUGGGCUCAAAUGAUUGUGUCAGAGUUAAAUUUGAUGAAGGCGAGGACCUAACCAGAGAAAGCAAAGAGAACCAGUGGAUGGGAGUGUCAGUGAGCAGCCAGGGGCCAGGAGGCAAGGUUAUGACCUGUGCCCAUCGCUACCAGCGACGGAGCAACGUGAACACACCCAUCGAAUCCCGCAGCAUUAUUGGCCGUUGCUACGUGCUGAGUCAGGACUUGACUAUCAAUUCUGCGUCGAGUGAAGAUGGGGGUAGCUGGCAUUUCUGUGAAAGUCGACGUAGAGGCCAUGAGUUGUUUGGCUCCUGCCAGCAGGGCAUAUCUGCCAAAUUCGACAAGGACUACCACUACCUCAUCUUUGGGGCUCCUGGAGCAUACAAUUGGAAAGGUGUGGUACGCUUGGAACAGAACAACAGCACUCUCUUAGAGAUGGGCAUCUAUGAUGACGGUCCUUUUGAGGUGGGGGAUGAGGACGAGAAGAACCCUGAUUUGGUCCCCGCUCCUGCCAACAGCUACCUGGGUUUCUCUCUGGACUCGGGGAAGAGUCUGACCAAGAAGGGCCAGCUGACGGUGGUGGCGGGAGCUCCCAGAGCGAACCACAGUGGGGCAGUGGUGCUCCUGAAGAAAGGCGAUGACACAAGCAACAUCCUGCUAGAAGAGUACACCCUGGAAGGGGAAGGGCUCGCCUCAUCUUUUGGCUACGAUCUGGCUGUGCUGGAUCUCAACGGGGAUGGUUGGCAGGACAUAGUGGUGGGGGCACCUCAGUACUUUGAGAAGGAGGGAGAAAUCGGUGGUGCCGUCUACGUCUACGUCAACAAAGCUGGAAAGUGGAACAAAGUCACACCCACCAGAAUAGAUGGACCUCAGGACUCCAUGUUUGGUCUGGCUGUGGAACAUUUGGGGGACAUCAAUCAGGAUGGUUACCAUGAUUUUGCUGUGGGAGCUCCUUAUGAGAAUGCAGGUGCAGGGACGGUUUACAUAUACCACGGAUCAGCAACGGGUCUUAGCUCUAAGAAAGCCGCACAGGUUCUGUCAGGCCAGCCUUUAGGACUCAGGCUGUUUGGCUACUCUUUGGCAGGCAACAUGGACCUGGACCAGAACUCCUAUCCUGACCUAGCUGUCGGAUCCCUCUCUGACUCAGUCUUUGUCUACAGAGCACGUCCAGUAAUUAACAUCAAGAAAGAAAUCAAGUUCUCACCGAAGGAAAUCGACCUCACCAAGAAGAACUGUGGCAACACCUUCUGCUUGGAUGUUGAGGCAUGUUUCACCUACACUGCAAACCCCAGUAGCUACUCUCCUCGUCUGAAUGUGGCGUACUCCUUGGAGGUCGAUGCAGACCACAGGAAGAACGGUCUUAUCCCCAGGGGGACCUUCUCACAGAGCACUGGAAAUGGCUACGAAUCCAAAGGGACCAUCACCAUGGACAGCAAAGGAAAGAAAGUGUGCAUUACACGUCAGAUCGCCAUAGUGGAAAAUAUCAGAGACAAGCUGCGGGGGAUCCCCAUCGAUGUGUCGGUGGAAAUCCAGGACGCCAAACGUAAACGCAGACAGAGCUCUGAUUCUGAGCUGGCACCUGUCCUGGACGCCAGUGAGCCACAGACAACUCGAUCAGAAGUGAAUUUCCUGAAGGAGGGUUGCGGCAGCGACAACGUGUGUCAGAGCAACUUGCAGGUGAAAUAUCGCUAUGGCUACAGGACAACUGAUGAAGACGGAUUCACCCCAUUAGAACUUGAGAAUGGCGUGCCGGUGAUUUCGCUCAGUGACCAAAAGGACAUCGCCUUGGAGGUCACAGUGACCAAUAAAGAUGGAGAUGAUGCAUACGAAGCCUCAGUGUUGGCCUCCUUCCCACGCUCCCUUACCUACUCUGCUUUCCGCGUCCCACCUAACGAGCGGCAGGUAACCUGUGUAGCCAAUAAAAAUGGUUCUCAGACCGAUUGUGAGCUUGGAAACCCCUUCAAACGUGACUCAAAGACGACUUUCUAUAUUAUCCUGGGUACAUCAGGCAUCUCUCUCAACACCACUGAACUGGCGAUUGAUCUUCAGCUGGAGACGACAAGUGACCAGCAGAAAAUACCCCUUGUUGAAGCGAAGGCAAAGGUGGUCAUCAUGUUGCAGCUUUCUGUAUCAGGACAAACCCAACCAUCUCAGGUCUACUUUGCAGGAGAGGUCAAAGGUGAGGCAGCCAUGAAGACUGAGAGUGAAAUCGGCAGCGCCAUCACACACCACUUCAGAAUCAUCAAUCUGGGUAAGCGCCUGACAGACUUGGGCACUGCCACCUUGGACAUACACUGGCCAAAGGAGACAGAGGAGGGGAAGUGGUUGCUCUACUUGAUGAAGAUCAGCUCUACUGGAGUGGAGCACAUUCGGUGCACUCCAGAACAGGAGGUCAACCCUCUCAAAAUGGAACCAAGUAACACCAGGAAAAGAAGAUCGACAGAAAACACCCAAGGAAGUGACGAGGGCACAAUUUCACGUUUAAUUGACAAGAAGACAUAUAAAACUCUGUCCUGUGACAGUGGGGCAAAAUGUGUGAGGAUAAAGUGCCCCCUGCAGGGCAUGGACAGUAAUGCAGUCAUCACUCUCAAGUCUCGCCUCUGGAACGGCACCUUCAUAGAGGGUUUUUCUGACUUACAUCAUGUGGAGGUGAUAGUGAAGGCCUCUCUGCAUGUUGAUAGCACAGUAAAGAACACAGUGCUGCAAAACGCUGAGACGCAGUUGAGACUGACGGUGUUCCCAGAGAGGCGUGCAGCCCAGUAUGGAGGAGUGCCAUGGUGGAUCAUCGUGCUGUCCGUCCUGCUGGGGCUGCUUUUGCUUGCCCUGUUGGCUUUCCUUCUCUGGAAGUGUGGCUUUUUUAAGCGAGCAAAAUAUGAAGAUAAGGUUCCCAGUUACAAUGCUGUUCGGAUUAAACGGGAGGAGAGAGGAAUAAAGCCUGGGAAUGGUAACUGGGAAAGCCUGGAAAAGAAGCCCUGGAUGACAACCUGGCAUGACAAAGAACAUUAUUCUUAACAUCCAAUGAGAUCUGAAUCCACGUAGAUUCCUGUCGCUUACUGAUAAUUGCCCAGUUUUAUUUUUUUUCCUGCCUUGUUUUUUACACAGCAUGGACUGUAAAUAUCAAAAAGCUAAAAUAUUUGUUUAAAAAAAAAAAAUCUUUUUUGUAAGACAAAAUACUUGAUCAAACAUUCUGCCUUAGGGGCUGAAUUGAUCCUGGAUAAAGUCCACAUGAAAUCAGUGGAGAAGGAGCGUUGCAGUGUGGGAGCCGAUCCUGCACCACAGCUGACAGAGCUUGUUUUGUACGUUUGCUGCAUUCAGUGUUGACCUGGGGAGGGAGGGGAGUUGUUUUUGUUUUGUUUUUUUUUUCUUUUAAGUUUUUGUACAUCUUUUUCAAAGUUUUGCGUAAUGUAUGUAUUUAUUUGUCGUGAUGACUACUUCAUGUUACAUGCCCCCACAGGCCAAAGAGUCAUGCAAUGCAAACACGGACGACUUUUCUUUUCAAUUAGAAUGUGUUUAUUUCCCCCGUUUUCUUUAAAUCCACUGUGCAUCUGCCUUAAACUUGUUGAUCAAUCAAUACUUUUAAUGCUUGAGGUGCCUUAGGUUUUACACUAUGGAGGAAGUGAAAUUUAUCCCACAGCAGUCGAGCACUUCGUUUGUAAACAGAUAACCAAGCCUCUAGCAGAAGUCACCUUUUAUUCACUGGCUGUAAAAUAGGGAGAGAGUGAGAGCGAACAAAGAAUUUCUUGAAUAAAAAACUUUUUAAAUGUCA